AUGGCGAGGCUGGCUCUCCAUGCGCUCCACGGCGUCGCGAGAGGCGCCGCCGCCGCCUCUUCGCUCGGCCCGGCCGCGCUGGUGAUCUUGGCCGUCGUCGCCACGGUGGCCGUGGCCGCCGUCGCCGCGUUCGGCUGCGCCGACGGGGCCCGGAGGCAGCGGGCCGAGCGGCGGAAGAACAGGAGGAACGACGUCUACUACUACGGCCAGGGGUACCCGCCGCCGCCUCCCGCCGGCGCGUACGGCUACCCGGCGCAGCCGCCGCCUCCGGGGUACGCGUACCCGGCGAACGCCGGGAGGCAGGGCCGCAGCGGGUUCGGCGGCGCCGGCGCCGGGCUCGCCGUCGGCGCUGCCGCGGGGCUGGCCACCGGCGCCAUCAUCGCCUCGGCCGUUGACGGAGGAGGCUGCGGCGGCGGCGGCUGCGGGGGCGGUGGCUGCGGCGGAGGAUGCGGCGGUUGA